UUUUAAACAGCUUCUUACCUGGGUAAGAGUUUGGGAACUCAGGCUGUGGACAUUACACCGUGGGAGCUGUACUGGGUAGUAUCCCACACCUCAACAGCUGAGAAGGAUUCACACACAGAUACAGAACAGUUUGGAUUCUAAGAGGACUCUGUUUCAACCAGGAUGAACUUUGCUGCUCAGUUAUUCUACUCAAGCUACUUGAGUGAGCGACUGGAACGAUUGUUUUCACCGAAGCCUGCACUUAAAGGCAUCGAAGAAAAUGACCCCUUUUGGCACAGGUGGGAAACAUGUAGCGACCCAGACCCAUCAGAACUCUCCUCUACCCAGCUCAAUCCAGUAGCAAUGCGCUAUCUUUGUGACAAAAAACAACCUCUAGCCCAGAAUAAAGACGAGACUCCAAAUGUAAGAGCAGUUCCAACCUCAGUCCCUCCUCCUGUUUCUACCGCACUUUUACAGCUCCCUCUAACAAAUCCCCCUCAUACCAGAAGAGACUUGUUUUCACAAAUUUCUGCGUUUAAAGAUAACGAAGAAAAUGAUACCUUUUGGCAGAGGUGGGAUGCAUUUAGUGACCCAGACCCUUCAAAGCUCUCCUCUACCCUCCUCAAUCCAGUAGUGAUGCCCAAUCUUUGUGGCAAAACUCAACCUCCAGUCCAAAACAAAGACGAGACUUCCAGCAUAUGCUCAGUUCCAGCCUCAGACCUUGCUCUUGUUUCGGCUUCACUUUCACAACUUUCAAUAACAAAUCGCCCUCACACCAAAAUAGAAUUCACAAAACAAUCAGCUUGUCUUCCGAAUCAAGAUUUGGCUGCUUUGGUCUCCAAAUUAACAAUAUGCAAACUUCCCUCCAACAAUUCUCUAUCUUCACAUACCCCUAUCCCCAAAUCUUGUCCAGAUUUAUCUAAGUCCCUAACAGCACCAACCUCAUCUUCUAAGCCAUCAAUUCCCGAUUCAUAUGAGGACAAAUUGCUUCCUUCCCUGGAUACACUGGUAGACAUUCUCCUUCGUUUGGCACUUUAUGUUGUUCUCCUCUUUGUCGCCAGAGAGGAGCUGCGUCUGGGCCCUGCAGAGCCAGGUGAUUCUUACAAAGGAGUGCUACUCAGUAACGGCACCAUGGGCCGCAGACCGACCCUUAUUGAACCAGAAAGGCUGAAGGACUUUGGUGAGGAGGAACUCCUCAACGGGGACGUGAAGGUCCCUGACACCAGAGUGGUGGUGGAAGCACCUGUAAUCACACUAAAGGACCCGCCAAAAACCAGACGAGUCAGCGAGUUCAGGAUCGUCCCGAGACCGGCUGUUCAGUACCUGCGCUUUGAGGACAUCAGCGCAGCUGCCUUCACUAUCCAAUCAGGGAUACAGAAGACGCCCUGCACAUACUCUCGGCUGUCCAAACAGUAUGGUAUGGAGAUUUAUCUGAAGAAGGAGCACCUGCACUACACAGGCUCAGUGAAGGAGAGAGGAGUGUUGUACCUGGUCUCCUCCCUCACACAGGAGCAGCAGAGGAAGGGCGUGAUCGUUGCCACUGAUUGUAACUUCUCUAUGGCUGUGGCCCAUCAUGCAGUUGAGCUGAAGAUCCCAGUGUUUGCCAUCAUGCCGUCAUCUUGUACCUCGCCUCGUCUCAGGAUCUACAGAGACUAUGGCGCCAUGGUCAUCUCCUAUGGCAGCACCGGUCAUGACUCUCAGAACCAUGCCCGCCAUCUGGCCAAUGACAAUGGAUACCUCUAUCUGGAAGAAGAUGAAAGUGCAAUCUACCUGGCCGGACUGGGCACAGUGGGCAUGGAGAUCUACGAACAAGUGUCCAAGCUCGAUGCGGUGGUGGUGCCUGCAGCUGGACAGUACGGUCUACUGGCGGGCACGGCGGCAGCCAUCAAGCAUCUCAACUCACACAUUCUCGUUAUAGGAAUAGAACCUGAAGGUUUCCCUUUGCUGCUGCAAUCUCUGAAGACAGAUGGCCCCAUCAAAGAUAUUCAUAGCAAUCCGAACACCAAACUGUAUGGAGAUCUGAUGGAAUGUUCACUCGGUCUCAACACCUACCAGCUGGCAAAGAAACUUGUGGAUAAAGUCAUCUCUGUCAGUGAGGAGGAUUCUUUAGUGGCAAUGUUGAGGUUUCAAGAGUUUGAGCGCUCCACCGUGGACACAGAGGGAGCCAUGGGAUUGGCCGCCAUCUUGGCUGGACAACUGCCAGAACUGAAAGGAAAAAGGGUGGCAGUCGUAGUGAGCAGUGCUAACAUGGAGCUGGAUCUGGUGAGGCAGUGUUUGGACCGAGCCUUGGUGCUGGAAGAUCGUGUCAGCAAGUUUUCAGUGCAGCUGGGAGAAUGGCCAGGAGACAUGGCCAAGCUGCUGGACGUCCUGUCCAGAGAGGACGUUAGGUUGUUGGAUGUCAGCCACCGGAGGCAUAGUGACAAGUCGGACCUCUUCAGGGCAAAGGUAGAGUGCGUGGUGGAAACCAGAGAUAAGACACAAAGCGUUCAGCUGCGGAAGACGCUGAGUGAGCGCUACCCGUCUCUAUGCUGGUUGGAGCGGUGAUCACCAGAAAAGCAUUCUUCAAACUAUUUCUCAGAACAAAGUUAAAUCUGAUACGUGUAACAUAUAUGAGAUGACUGAGGACUCAAAUCACAUCCAUUGGAUGUUCAUCUUGACUUUGUAUGUACCGAAAAGCAACACAAUUAUAGAGCAAAUAUUAUUCAUAUUACAUCUACUGUGUUAUUGUUUGGUCAUACAUUGGAGUAUGGUUUAGAGAGGUUGUAUAAAGCACAAGUAGUGGCCUCUCUAUCCAGGAGUAUGAAUGAUGCAGUAUUGGUGUAAGCUCCCAAAUAGACACACAUGGAAGAAUUGAAAGCAUUCACACGCGAACACGGCCACAUACUGUAAAAGGGCAUACUGUAUACAGUCAAAACAGUCAACAUUCAGUUCAAGAGCCAUAUUAAAAUUCUGCCUUUACAAAUUAUACAGUUUAAGGUGGAAUUCAUGAUGCAGCUCCUGGAUUUCAUUAGAUUGUGCAGGUGCAACUGAUAAAGUGUCUGGUGAGUGUAUGUUAGUGUGUGUGUAUGUAUGUAUGUAUGUGUGUGUAUAUAUAUAUAUAUAUAUAUAUACACACACAUUUCUAUAUAUACAGCAUAUUAUGUAUUUAAUUUAUGCUUAUAUUAAGAUGCCUCUUUUUGGAAUUCUCAUUUUUUGAACUGUUGUAUAUAUGUUUCAGUAUUAUUUAUACUGAUGUAUUAGUAUACAUAUAUAUAGGAUAUAUAUAUAUAUAGUAUCACUUCAAGCAGAAAUGUUCUCAAAAAAUAUAUAAUAAAAAUAUA